GCUGCUUCCGUGCCGGCCGUCAUCGACGGGGGGAUGUGACUGUCUUCUUCGUCGCAAAGAAGGACGGCGGCCUGAGGCUGGUGCUGGACUGCCGCCGAUCUAAUCAGAGGUUCGCCAAGCCCGACCCAGCGGCGCUUUUCAGCGGGGCCGCUUUCGGCGACUUCGAGGUGGAGGCUGGCCAGACAGCCUGGUACGGGGGGCUGGGCGUCAAGAGUGCCUUCUACCAGCACCGCCUGCCGUCCUACCUGUGCGACUACUUCUGCUUGCCGCGGGUGCGCGCUGGUGCUGUGGGAGUGACGCGCGUGCUGGGCCGACCUGUCGAGCCGUGGGGCGUCGUGUGCCCGCAGAUGUCCGUGUUGCCAAUGGGCUGGUCCUGGGGGCUUUACAUGGUGCAGAGGGCCCGCGAAGUCUCUCUGGGCGGCCACCCCCUCUUCGCGACCUGCCCAAGGGCUGUCGACUUCCGACCGCCUCCCUCGGUGCACGAUGGGCCAGCCCACUCGCUGUGCGUCGACAACGUGCUGCUGGUAGGCACCAGUGGGGCGGAAGUCACCUCGAGGAGACGCCAGGCCUCUGCCGCCGUCGCCACGCAGGACCUCGCAGUGCACUGUGAGGAGGACGCUACGCAGGAUAUGGAUAUGUUGGGCGUCAGGCUGACAGGCUCGCCUCCCACCGUUCAGCUCUCAGAGAAGCGCUUCUGGAAGCUGUACUUCGGAAUCCAGUACCUGGUCGAGGUGAGGCGUCGGGCCACCAGCAGCGAGCUCGAGCAUCUCAUAGGCCAUUGCACCUUUUGCGCGCUGGUUCGGCGCGGGGCCCUUGCCAGCUUCUGCGCAGUGUGCGCUUUCAUUCGCGCAGGUUUUGUCGAGUGGGAUCCUCUGUGGGACUCUGUGGGCUGUGAGCUCAGAAUCUUCCAGGGCAUCCUCAUCCUGUUAUCUCGUCGUCUGGACGCCGAGUGGUCCCAAACAGUUAUAGCCGCCGACGCGUGCGAGACGGGUCACGCGUCCGUCAUCGCCGAUAUGCCGAUCGACUUCGUCAAGCGAGCGGGGAGGUGGCAGGAGAGGGCCGCGGCGCCAGCGCUGGACGCGCCGCCGAUCCCGAGCUCGGGCACGCCAACGGCUCCGCUGCUGACCGCGGCCGAGCAGACGACGCAGCUCGAGACGGCCGCGUUCGGCGCGCGCGCCGCAGGGGGGCCAGGGGCGGGGUCGCUCAACGUGAACGAGAGGCGGCGGGCCUACGCGCGGCAGUCCACCCGCGGACCUGCCCGCGACGCCAUGCACCAGCUGGGGAUCACCGAGCAGGCAGCCGUCCAGCAGCGGACUUUCACCAGCUACAACCGGUUGCUCUCUGCCUUCAUGAUCUUCUGUGGCCUUACCAGUCUCAUCGUGCCAGCCCGCUCGCUCGACGCACGGGUCGUGCAGUUCUUCGAUCGCCUGUGCCUGGAAGGGAAGGCACCCUCCACGGGCGAGAAGCUCAUCGCAGCCCUCAUGAUGUUCAUCCCAGACUAUCACGUUCGGGGCCGCCUGCCGUUGCCACGGGCGGGGCGGGCGCUGCGGGGCUGGAGAAGGCUCGCGCCUGCCAAGACGCGCAGGCCACUGCCUUGGGCGGUCUGCUGCGCGGUCGCGAUGCAGAUCCUGGCCGAGGCAGCGACAGUCAGCCUGCCCUACGGCUUCGAGGCGGCCCUGGCCUGGAUCAUGAUGGUGGACACGUACUUGCGGCCAGGCGAGGCGAUGGGGCUCUCUGCAGCGCAGGUCUUGGGGCCCUACGGGACCGUCACGGACGUGGUCAUUCACAUCAACCCCGACUACAUGCUGAGAGCCUCCAAGACAGGCGAGAUGGACGAGACCGUCACGAUCUCGCGACGCUGGAUCGGGGCGUGUCUUGUCGCCCUUGCCUCCAGCCGCCGCGGGCUGCCGCCGUGGCCGCUCAUGCUGUCGCAGCUGGAGGACCUGUUCGACCGCGCUGCCGCGCGAGUGGGGCUCGCACCGCCAGUGCUCUACAUGGCCCGCCACUCAGGGGCGAGCAUCGACCGCCAGGAGGGCCAGCUGAACCUCGACGAGGUCGCCAAGAGGGGACGCUGGCGCACGCUGAGCAGCGUGCGGCGCUACGAGAAGCGCGGCCUGCUGCAGGAGGUCUGGAACAACCUCAGUGUGCGCCAGCGCCAGUACUGCGAGACAGCCGCGGCCGCAUUAGCCGACAAGCUC